AUGUCUGACAGAGUCAUUCGACUUCUCAGAUCUUUACAUGUUGAUCACAUCUGGGAGUUCAUGUCAUUUUCGUCGUAUGGUUCAGGAACGACAUCAAGCGGAGCUGUUCAACUUGUCCUCGACCUCAAAAUGGACAUCAAGGGCCGAGAUGUACUUGUCAUAGAAGACAUUCUCGACACAGGAAACACCUUGCGCUACAUGCUGAAGCAGCUGAAUGCACGAGAACCACGAUCCAUCAGGACAUGUGUACUCUUGCACAAGUUUGAGAUGACCUUGCCUGACAUCACUGCUGAGUACAUCGGGUGGAAAAUUCCAAACAAAUUCGUGGUUGGCUACGGACUUGAUUAUGCUCAGAAGUACCGCGGAUUGCCUUGGAUCGGUGUGGUUGCUCCAUGGGUCUACUCCAAGAACAAGGAAAGCAAAGACGAUGGGAGUCUGAACAAUGGCGAUGUGUCCCUCCCUUGA